AGCGUGGUGUGUGCUAUGGCAGCGAGCUACAGGCUGAUGGUGACUUCAGUGAACUGCUACAGCAGCGUGCUGGUGGAGCAGCACUCCCAGCACACUGUGCACUACUGCACAGGCUCCUGCCAGCUCCUCAGACAGGGACUCACCUGCAUAGUUCCUCACCACAAUGUCUGUGCAGAGCUCAGUGUCCAAGAUGCCAACCUGGACCAUAAAAUUCCUGUUCCUGAAAAUGGUCUUGCCUUGGCUGGAAAUGAGGACUAUCACCAAAUCCUCCCAAAUAAUCCAAGAAUCAAGAAAGGCUUUUCAGUGCAAGCUUCCAGCAGUUUAAAAGACAUUACUGGUGAGGCAAUAAACCUUGCCAGUGGUAAAAUAAAGGAAUUCUCCUUUGAAAAGCUCAAAAACUCUUCCAGUCAUGUGGCUUACAGAAAGGGAAGGAAAGUUCGGUCAGAAUCUUUCAGCAGACGAUCCUUUGAUUUUGACUUGAUUUAUGGGCACUUUAACAAUGAUGAGAACUGCCCUCCAUGUGGCUUUUUGCAGAGCCCCUCACCUGUGGAGAAAUGGCAGGAGAGCAGCGAUGCUCCAGAAGUCACCAUGAAUCCUGUGGUUCCCUUCUGCCCUCAUUCCUUCCCUGAAGAAAACUUCAUUACCCAGAUUUUAGAAAAACACAAGCUAGAUGGUUCUUCUGGAGGGGAUAUUAAGGUGUGCCUGGACAUCCUGCUCAAGUGCUCAGAGGAUUUGAAAAAGUGCACGGACAUAAUCAAGCACUGCAUCAAGAAGAAAUCUGCAGAUGUCGUUGGUGGAGGGAGCAGCAAUGAUCCCCUGGCUAAUUCAGAGAGGAUAUACAUGAAUCUGAUGACAAGAUUUUCUUCCUACCUGAAAAAGCUGCCCUUUGAGCUGAGGACAGCAGGGCAGAGGGAAUCGAGUGACUGGGCAGAGCUGAUGAACUGUUUCCAUGGCUUGCAGCAAACUCCCUUUCCCCCGGUAUUUGGUGAUGAGCAGCCGCCCAGGUAUGAAGAUAUCAUUCAGCUGCCAUCCUCAAGUGCAGUUCCUCUCACUCUCCCAGGUCAGGGUGAGGUGACAAGCACCUCCCAGUCCAUCCAGACUGGCACUGUGAGCUUCACCUCCAGCUCCCUGCCCGCUGUCCCUCCAGAGAGCAGCGGGAGAGCAGCUGUGAAAGAUGCUCUACCUCAGCCAGCAGCCCCGAGCCCCUGCGACUGCACGCCCGCCACCGAGGCGCUGUACAUCGAGGAGGAAUCUGAUGGGGACAGAGCAGCAGGGACAGAGAAGAAGGCAGGGCAGAAGGGGGGCUGGCAGAGCCUGGAGCACAGCUACCAGCGAGCUGCUGGCUCAGACCUGGCUGCUGAUGCUAAAGCAGAGUGGGCCAGGGCGGGAGAUGCUCCCGAGCAAACUGCUCCUUUAAAACCAGUGUCAGACCCUGUGCUGGCUGGUGCCCAAGCUGCUGUCCCCAAAGGAGCCCAGACAUGCAGCAGGGUGGACAAGGAGGAGAUAGACAAACUGCUGCUGGACUUGGAGAGCUUCUCACAGAAAAUGCAGAAUACUCUGAGGGAACCCUGUGGGAAGGAGGGUGAGCCUGCCUCACUGCAGGUGUCUGGCAGGCAGGGUAGGCAGGCUCCAGCUCUGGCCCUGGAACCCAAAAGUAAACCUGCUGAUCCCCCUUCUUCUUUGUCAAAAAUCAUGGAAACCAACGGCCAUAAAAUGGAAGAGGAUGACAAAGCCCUUCUACUGCGUAUCCUGGGAAGCAUUGAGGACUUUGCCCAGGAGCUGGUGGAAUUCCAGACUGGCAAGGGAAGUUUGUCCAAGGAGAGGGAAGUGAUGCAAAUUCUCCAGGAAACUUUAGCAACUCCUUCACAGUCCCUGCUUGCAGGGCAAAAAAGCCAUGCUGGGGCUGCCUCCAGAGACUCUGUUCCAGCUUCAAUUCAGCAGGCCCCAGAAGUAAUAAAGGUUCAAAGUAAACAAGAGAAGAAGGCAGGAACUUCAUCCCCAGCUCCCCUGCAGCCUGUGGUUAGCACUUGCACUCCUCUGCCUGUGAAUAAGGCCAGCAGCAGUACCCCUGUGCCCAUAAACAUUCCACGUUUCUACUUCCCUAAAGGACUCCCCAGUGUCUGCACUAACCAUGAGGAAAUCAUUGCCAGGAUUGAAGAGGCCUUUGCAGAGUUUGAAGAUGGGAAAGCAAACAUCUGUGAAAUGGGGAAAAUUGCUAAGAUAUGUGGCUGCCCACUCUACUGGAAAGCACCUCUGUUCUAUGCAUCUGGGGGAGAGAGGACAGGACGUGUUUCUGUGCACUCCUUUGUGUCCAUGUGGAGAAAAAUCCUGCGGAGCUGCCACGACGAUGCCUCCAGGUUCACUUCCCUUCUGGCAAAGCCUGGCUGUGACUGCCUACAACAGGAGGAUUUCAUCCCGCUGCUGCAGGAUGUGGUAGAAACUCAUCCUGGCCUCACGUUCCUGAAGGAUGCUCCGGAGUUCCAUUCCCGGUAUAUCACCACGGUUAUCCAGAGGAUAUUCUACACAGUCAAUCGCUCCUGGUCGGGGAAGAUCACUCUGACAGAGCUGAGGAAAAGCAACUUCCUGCAGACUCUUGCUCUCUUGGAAGAAGAGGAUGACAUAAAUCAGAUCACAGAUUACUUCUCCUAUGAGCACUUUUAUGUCAUAUACUGCAAAUUCUGGGAGCUGGAUACUGACCAUGACCUUUAUAUCAGCCAGAAGGACCUGGCUAGGUACAGUGAUCAAGCUUUGUCAAACAGGAUCAUUGAGAGGAUAUUCAGUGGUGCUGUGGUGAGAGGCACUGAAGUUCAAAAGGAAGGGCGCAUGAGUUACGCAGAUUUUGUGUGGCUCCUGAUUUCAGAGGAAGACAAAAGGAGUGCUACAAGCAUCGAGUACUGGUUCCGCUGCAUGGACCUGGACGGGGACGGGGUGCUGUCCAUGUACGAGCUGGAAUUCUUCUAUGAGGAGCAGUGUGAGCGCAUGGAGGUGAUGGGCAUAGAGCCACUGCCCUUCCAGGACCUGCUGUGCCAGAUGCUGGACCUGGUUAAGCCAGAGAGGGAAGGAAGAGUAACCUUGCGAGACCUGAAGAGGUGCAGAAUGGCUCAUGUGUUCUUCAACACCUUCUUCAAUUUAGAGAAAUAUCUGGACAAUGAACAGAGGGAUCCCUUUGCAGUGCAAAAGGACAUGGACAGCGAGAGCCCCGAGCCCUCAGACUGGGACAGGUACGCGGCUGAGGAGUACGAGAUCCUGGUGGCCGAGGAGUCUGGGAAUGAGCAGCUCCAGGAGGGAUCAUGUGAAGAUGACUAUGACACAGAUGAAGUCUUACCUCCCCCUGAAACUGGAGAAAAGUCAGACAAGCUAAUUAUCUCAGAUCUCUGAGCUUAGAGAAGUGGAAGACAGCCCAUGUCUUUCAAACUGGAUAGCAUUCAGUCCCAAGGCACUUGGGGGUUUUCCUUAAAUCUGUCAUUGGAACAAUGUGCUUUAUUUUGUACACUGAAACUUGAGACCCCUUUUUGUCUUCCUGUGUAAUUGCAAUAAGGUAAUUUCUAUGAAAAGGCUUUUUACAAUGUGUUAUCAUGCACACUCCUGAAAAUGGUGAUUGCACCUUGUUUCAUUUCUAUAUAAAUUCUGUUAUGUCCCCAGAUGUGCAAUAAAUGCCAGCAUCUAAU